CGUUUGUGCCAAAUAUCACGAUUCAUUCCAGCCUUGUCAAUUAUUACAUCAUCAAGGAGCAUCUCAGCAUUUUUAGCUGGCGUUACUCCCUGACAAUGUAAUCGUUUUGCCUCAGAGAAUGGACAUAUUGCCACGUGAAGUCACUCGUAGUUUCUUGAGCGUUCUUUUUGAGUCCGGAGUGUAUGGUACGAAGUAAAUCUGUUCUUGUCGCACCCCUUCUCGCAUUCACCGGAUCAGAUUAGGCUGGCCACGCACUUCGCGCUGCCUGGUGAGAUCUCUAAGCGGCUACGGCAACCUCUGUCCACUUCUAUCAUGUUCGCACGCUAGUCCCAAGCGAGCGUUCGUUCCUGAGCUCUUGGGUAUUUCCUACCUGCAUUCGACAGAACACAUCCUGAAUUCAACACAACUCUUCCUCCCACAACUUCAUCCCUUCCUUCCUCCACCUCGAACUCGAUCUCGACGAUCAUUUGCAAAGACCUUCUCACAUCUUCCCCGCCCCAGUUUCGGCGACAAGAGCGAACAACAAACAGACCUAUACACAAAGUCCGAUCUCUUGAUCAUCAGCCUUCAAGAUGGCGGCCGGUGAACCUGAUCAUGUCGAGCACAAGAAGAAGGUCAAUCUCAACGAUGCUUCUGGUGCUGAGCACAAGGCAACCGAUGAUACGGCGACUGCCAUUCUCAAGAAGAAGAAGAAGCCGAACUCUUUGAUGGUCACGGAUGCUAUUAAUGAUGACAACUCCGUUAUCGCCCUCUCAAACAACACUAUGGAGACUUUACAAUUAUUCCGUGGCGAUACUGUAUUGGUGAAGGGAAAGAAGCGCAAGGAUACAGUUUUGAUUGUGCUCGCAGAUGAUGAUUUGGAUGAUGGGAGUGCCCGAAUGAACCGUGUCGUUCGACAUAACCUCCGAGUCAAGCAUGGCGAUAUCGUCACUGUUCACCCAUGCCCAGACAUCAAAUAUGCCAAGCGCAUCGCAGUCCUCCCUAUCGCCGAUACCGUCGAAGGCCUCACUGGGUCUCUCUUCGAUGUCUUCCUCGCCCCAUAUUUCCGCGAAGCCUACCGACCAGUCCGACAAGGAGAUCUAUUCACAGUCCGUGGUGGUAUGAGACAGGUAGAAUUCAAGGUCGUGGAGGUCGAUCCCCCGGAGUAUGGGAUCGUUGCACAAGAUACAGUCAUCCAUUGCGAAGGCGAGCCUAUUCAGCGCGAGGACGAGGAGGGUAACUUGAACGAGGUCGGAUAUGAUGAUAUUGGAGGAUGCAGAAAGCAAAUGGCCCAGAUCAGAGAGAUGGUUGAGCUUCCAUUACGCCAUCCCCAGCUCUUCAAGUCUAUUGGUAUUAAGCCUCCCCGUGGUGUUCUUAUGUUCGGUCCUCCAGGUACCGGUAAGACUCUCAUGGCACGGGCUGUGGCAAACGAGACCGGUGCAUUCUUCUUCUUGAUCAAUGGUCCAGAAAUCAUGUCGAAGAUGGCUGGUGAGUCUGAAUCGAAUCUGCGAAAGGCAUUUGAGGAGGCUGAGAAGAACUCCCCUGCGAUUAUCUUCAUUGAUGAGAUCGAUUCUAUUGCACCAAAGCGAGACAAGACAAACGGAGAGGUCGAGCGCCGUGUUGUUUCCCAACUUCUUACCCUCAUGGACGGCAUGAAGGCCCGAUCCAAUGUUGUUGUUAUGGCUGCCACCAACAGACCCAACUCUAUCGAUCCCGCUCUCCGUCGUUUCGGACGUUUCGAUCGUGAGGUCGAUAUUGGUAUACCAGACCCAACUGGCCGUCUUGAGAUUCUCCAAAUUCAUACCAAGAAUAUGAAGUUGGGCGAUGAUGUCGAUCUUGAGCAAAUUGCUUCGGAGACUCAUGGUUAUGUUGGUUCCGAUAUUGCUUCCCUCUGCUCCGAGGCUGCAAUGCAACAAAUUCGUGAAAAGAUGGAUCUCAUUGAUCUUGAUGAGGAUACUAUUGAUGCCGAGGUUCUCGACUCCCUGGGUGUCACCAUGGACAACUUCAGCUUCGCCCUUGGUGUGUCCAACCCAUCUGCUCUCCGCGAGGUCGCAGUUGUCGAGGUACCAAACGUUCGCUGGGACGAUAUUGGAGGUCUCGAGGAAGUCAAGCGCGAGCUUAUCGAGUCCGUUCAAUACCCUGUCGACCACCCCGAAAAGUUCCUCAAGUUCGGUCUCUCACCAUCUCGUGGUGUCCUCUUCUACGGUCCUCCUGGUACUGGUAAGACCUUGCUUGCAAAGGCUGUUGCCAAUGAGUGUUCCGCAAACUUUAUCUCCGUUAAGGGACCUGAACUGUUGAGUAUGUGGUUCGGUGAGUCCGAGAGCAACAUCAGAGACAUCUUUGAUAAGGCCAGAGCUGCUGCUCCUUGCGUUGUCUUCUUGGAUGAGUUGGAUUCUAUUGCCAAGUCACGUGGAGGAUCCAAUGGUGAUGCUGGUGGUGCUUCUGAUCGUGUCGUCAAUCAACUUUUGACUGGUAAGUUCACCGGCUCCAAUUUAUUAAACACAGCUGAUUGAAAUUUUACAGAAAUGGAUGGUAUGACCUCCAAGAAGAACGUCUUCGUCAUUGGUGCUACCAACAGACCUGAGCAGCUCGACAAUGCUCUUUGCAGACCUGGUCGUCUCGAUACCCUCGUCUACGUUCCUCUUCCCAACGAAUCGUCCCGUGCUGGUAUCCUUAAGGCACAACUUCGAAAGACACCCGUUGCCCCUGAUGUCGAUCUCGCUUACAUUGCUUCCCGGACUCACGGCUUCUCUGGUGCCGAUUUGGGUUUCAUUACUCAACGUGCCGUCAAGCUUGCCAUCAAGGAGGCCAUUUCGCUAGAUAUUGAGCGUCGCAAGGCUCGUGAGGCUGCUGGUGAGGAUAUCGAUAUGGAAGACGAGGAUGCUGAGGAUCCAGUUCCACAAUUGACCAAGGCUCAUUUCGAAGAGGCCAUGUCCUCGGCCAGACGCUCCGUCUCUGAUGUCGAGAUUCGACGAUAUGAGGCAUUCGCUCAAAGCAUGAAGAGUUCUGGACCCGGUGCUUUCUUCAAGUUUCCUGAGGCUGGAGAGGCAGCUGCUAACGCCGAAGGUGGAGCUGGUGGAUUUGGUGACGCGGGCAACGAUGAUAGUCUCUACGACUAAUUCAUCUGUAUUCUAAUUUUCUUUUCUGCAUGCAUGCACGGAAGAUUCUCAUGGGCUGGGCUGAAGGUGGUUUCCCCAGGUUAGACUUGUAUUUGGGAGUUGGGAGAAGUCUACAAUCCCAAGGUUCCGGACAAUGAUCUCAAUAUUUUGCUAUGCUCUCAUGUCUUGGGCGCAGCCGCGGAGAUUUUUAGUCCGUUGGAGAAUGCAUUUCGAUCUUCAUAGUGCCUGAAUCAAUAGAUUGUCCAGUAAAAGAUAUUUUCAUGAAUCUUUGGCCUUGUCAUGUGACGUGACGGUGUGAGCAGUGCGCAUCAUACUUUAACACUGACAAUUUUCCCAUGUAUUGAAGCUGCAGUGGUACGCAGCUUGAAUGCUACUGACCUAGGGGUACCUAAAAUUGGAAAGGAAGAAAGCAGGUUGCCAAAUACAGACUCCUCUUUAUUCCUGUUUACGCAUUCUUCUAUGUUGUUGUGUCUAGUGACAUGAACGAACCAGACCCGAACGCCGAGAUAUGCCUUGAUCGUGUGACUAUGAUCUCCUCCCUCCCUUGGUCCAUAUUCCAGGACACCGACUGGCUUGAGUACCUAUGCCUGUCUAGCAUAGAUUCGCCACUUCUAAUACCGAGAAAAGAAUUGUCUCCUCUCUGUAAUCCAAGUUUAAGGGAGCCACUCAGUACAGAACAUUCUUCCACUCAACAUACAUCUCUCUUCUACCUGUAUCCACCACACAUCACAGGAUAUACACCUUGCUCCUUCCAUCUGUAUGGCCUUUGAAGGUGAAGCCUCACUCAUCAACCUCACAGACAGCCUCUAAACACUCCCUCGUAAUCUUCACCCCUUCCUCGACCACACUCCUCGGCAACGCCAAACUCUGCCCUCCUUCCCCCUUCCCCACAAACAUCCCACCAUCCUCCCCUUUCUUCUUACCAAACUUCCCAUUACUACCAGUCGUUGUUGUCACACCAUUUGAUUUUCCCUUCAGAAGAGAACUCGAUUGCGAGCCUGCUGUUGUACUUGAACUUGAGGAGUUUAUUUGUGAUUGGGCUUGCUGAUGUGCAGCUGAGGCUUCUGUGUCGUCCUUUAUGUCUUGCAGAACUCGUGUCAUUAGGUCGGGGAAGGUUGUGCAUGUCCCCGAGCGAAGGAGGGAGAGUGCGUGGUUCUGGAGGAGGGUAGGCCAGUUUUGUGGGUGAGAGUGCAGGGUGUGAAGGAGGGUGUCGUGGAUUCUAAAUGGGAAGGUUAAGUCAGUAUAUGGUUCUUGUGAAUUAUUCUUCUGUGAUGAGAAUCGUCUCAAGGAUUGGAUUCGUGCAAUAUUCAGACAGAUUGGAUUUAGCCGAGUCGAAAAGAGGGA